AUGGCUGGUCUCAGAGACCCUUUCCUUGUAUUAGUCAUGGUGGUUGUGGUUCAGUUCUUUGGCUUUACAUAUGGCUGCUCCUCAACUUGCCCGCCAUCAGCAUGCCCAGAUUGUAGUGGUGUAAAAUACCAAGUUGGCUCGCUCUGGUCCUUACCACCAUUCCCAACUUAUUACUCCAACUGGUCCCUCUCCCAUUUCUUCAAGACCGGCGACUUUCUCGGUUUUGACUUCGAGACCGGACAUAACGACGUGAUUCAAGUAUCGAGACAAGAGUACGAGAGUUGCACCGCCUGCAACCCCUUGAGGGUCAUCAACAUUGGUCCCGCGCUCGUACCAUUGGCCGAGAAAGGCGUCUUCUAUUUCAUCAGCAACUUCUCAAACUACUGCGGUCUUGGGCUGAAGGUUUCAGUCUGGGUGCACGACUGCUCCGACGGAUUGCAGCCAACUCCAUCGCCGUCUCCGUCACCUUCUCCACUUCGAGUUCCUCCACCUUCAUCGCCAGCACCAGCUCCACGUACGAGGAAUGGAUCCAAUUCUCCGGCUCCAACCCCAGCACCGUCACCUGAUGAUGAUGGCUAUCCUCCAGAAGCUGGCGCGCCUCCCAAUGCAAAGUCUAUGGCUAUCCGUGUUGGUUCUUCUGAAAUCCUGAUCUUUCGCUGGGCUUUUGAUAUUUGUUUGGUGGUAUUUGUCAUUCUUGGAUCGAUGAUCUAG